CACAAGUUGGUUACAUAUUUCUUUAAGGAAGUUUCUAUUGGAAAAAUAAUUAUUAAAUCUAGCAUUAGUACAUGUACAGCAUUCAAACUGAUUUGUAGUUUUAAUUCGAUAACAAUGUUGUAACCUGCCACAGUUAUCUUCCAUUGCUCAAUGCUGAUAGUGGUUUGAAUUUUUUAAAAUAUAUUUAUAAUUUUUUUUGAUUAUGGUUGUUUCCGAUGAAUUUAUUGACAAUAAUUCCUGGAUGGUGAGAAAUUGCUCUUUAUAUGAUGAUGAAUACAGCGAUUGCACUUCAAUGCAUGCUCGUAUCCAUCAGUAUUUUGUCAAAGGGAAGAUGGAUGACUGUCGUCAGUGGAAAAGGUGUUACAACAAUUGUGUUAAAUGGGAAGAAACAAAAGAUAGAAGAGCAUUUAAAGAACUAAUUGAUGAUGAAUUGGAUAAAAGAAAAGAACGACUUUCGGGCCAUUUGGAUAAUGAUGUAUGGGAGAAGCGCCGAGAGCCUCCUCCACACUGGAAUGAUCCACUUCCACCACAUAUUGAAAAAAGGAUUAAGAACUCAUAUUUAGAUCAAGUAACUCAACAAAUGAAGGAGGGCGAUUCCAAGAAAGAUAGCUCUUUAUGUGUAAUAUCCUGAUGUUCAUUGUCAUUUAGAGUAACGCUUUAGAAUCAGUUUCAACUUUUAGAAAAAUUUAUUAAAGAAAAAACAUGUUCACAUAUAAAUUUACAUUCGUGCAAUAUGAAGUUUAAAGUAUGGGAAUUGUACAGGUUGAAAAUGAAAUACAUGUUUUUUUGGUUAAUUGGUGUUCUGUUGAUACCAAUUUUAACUUGAACGUGGGUAUAAGGAAGCUUAAAGUUUAUUUUUUACAUACUUUUGAGAUUUUUUUCUCCAGUUCAGCUUCUUUAAUGUUUUUAAAUGUUUUGAUAAUUAUAUCGUUAUAAUUAUUGGUUAAUUUUUCUUUUUUUGCCCAUUUUCAUUUUCAUUUUUUAAUCUUCCGUGAGUUAUUUUUAUAAGUUUUAUUAAAUAAACAAUCAUACAAGGGUUUACUUCUAUCUAUUUUGCAUAAGGGCUGUAUAAGAUAUAAAUAUUUCUUCUUACUGGAGAAAUAUUACUUCUUGACGCUGCCAGUUUUCGGAGCAAGAAGAAAGUAAGGUGGAGCAACGACCUUCCUACCAAUGUACAGAAAAUUAAAUGAUGAAAUGAACAUAUUUCUGAUAAACUGAUUGACAGCAAUAGGUUUAUUAUUAGUUUUUCAACAUAUUGAAAGUAGCUAAUAAUGUGGGAGAGGAGGUAGGGGAAGGAAACCACCCUCUACUUAAAAUAAAUUAUAUUUCAAAAAUUAAAAAGAAUAAAAUCUUAAUUACUUUCUCAUAACCCACAUUGUUUUCCUAAAAGUUCAGUGAGGAGUCAUAGAAACAAUUCUUCGUUUAGUGUUUUAAAAAAUAGCUCCUUCCACAGGCCAUGAGAGAACAUCAGCACUUAUAAAAUGAGUUCCUGUUACAAUGUUAAUGUGAAUUUAACAAAUAUGAAAAUAAAAUGUAUUUUCUUGGCAAUUAUUAAAUG